AUGAUACAGUCAGGCUUGAAUCCAAAAGUUGCACCACCACCACAACAACAACCACAAGAUCCAAAAGUUGCACCACCACCACAACAACAACCACAAGAUCCAAAAGUUGCACCAACGCCAACAACACCACAAAAUCCUGCCUUGCCUUCAUCCAGUGAUCAAGCAGUAAGAGUAAAAGUUACUUUUCCAACAAUUAUUCCGUUAAUAUUUAAAAUAGGAAAAAAAUAUCAGUUCAAUUGGACAUAUACUGCAAAUUUUGAUCCAGUAUAUGCACCAAAAGCUUUAAAUGUUUAUACUAUAAAAAACAUUGACGCCGACAAGAGAAUUUUUAAUUUCUCAAUUGGGUCAAAUCUUCCGCCUGAGACAACUUCUAUUGUAUGGGAUACAUCCCUACAAACAAAUCCAACACCACCAGCAGGAGCUUAUCUUUUAUAUAUAUGGGAUGAAAGAGGUCCAUCGCCAAUUAAUACCUCUGUUGGACAACUAGAACCUUUUGUUGGUUCACGUUUUCAGUUGUAUACUCCAAAGCCAAAAGUUAAUUUAGCUGAUUAUACAUGCGCAGUAUGUGAUGGAAAUAGUCCAUUGACAAGAGCACAAGAAAAUAAACCUUAUUUGCCAAUUGCUGUUCUGGGUGGAAUCUUAGUUUUAACGGUGUUGUUUACAAUAGAGACACGACCACGUCCCCGGGAACAAAUUUGA